CGACAUUGGUUGUUGUGGAAAUAUUAGUUUAAAAUAAGUUAAAAUAAAGAACAACACCGUCAUUUGCACAUAAGAUACACAGACACAUCGCAGCUCUCAAGAUAAAUCAAGACGCGUUGUUCAACAUCAUGCUCAUACAUCACUAAAUGAAAAAAAAAACUUUCAAAAGAUUUAAAAUAAAUUACACACAGUUCAUACAAAUUGUUUGUCGAGAUGAUACGAUUGUAGUCAAUCUUUCGGUGCGUAUUGUGCGAAUGUGAAUAAUAGUAGGAACAAUAUUUUUAUCCUAAAAUAACUUGCUCGUGAUAUUUCCGUUUUGUAUAAUCAUUCAUUUUUAGUUCAAUCAAAUUCAUUCAAUCACUCAUGUGUGUGGAAUUAAAACUUCUUCUUUUUUUCGGUCAGAUUAGUUGUGAGAUAAUAGAAAAUUGUCGCAAGUCACAUUUAAGAUAGAAGUGCUUCCACUUGCGGUUUUCGAUCAAAAUAUGUCCAACAUUCAAGAGGAAGUUGACUGUGUGUGGAAUGGAAAAUUUUUAAAAGAUGAUAAGCAUGUGAACGAUUUGAGAGCAGAGUUUUUACAAAAUUUAGAGAGUAAUAUUAACGGAAUUGAAAGUGAUAUUAAUUCGUGUAAAGAUGAACUGGAGCGAAUUCAAAUUAUUAAGAAAUUGUUCCAAUGGAUAUCGUUGCCACAAGUUUAUUUUGAACGAUUUUCUAAAUCGAUCGAUUCUUCUUUGAGAUUGCGUGAGAGAGCAAAUUUAGCGUACAAAAACGGAAGAUACAAUGAAGCCUUACGUGGAUACACCUUAGCAAUAAUGUUUGCACCGAUGAACAGUGAAGAACUUGGACUGGCGUAUGGAAAUAGAUCGGCACUGUUUGUUCAAAUGAAAGAACACCAUUCGGCCCUUCAAGAUAUAAAACUAGCUUUAGCUUGUCCGUAUCCAGAAUCACUAAAAAAUAAACUUUUGGACCGACAGAAAAAGUGUAACGACCUUAUAAUCAGAAAUGACAACACACGACUCAAAAGUGAAAAGAAUUCUAUUGGAAAAAAGUAUUGCGACGAAAAUGUGCUUAGGCUAAAAACACCAAAUCCGUUUGUUACCAAUGCAGAAGAGUUUGUUACUAUAAAUUACACAAAAGAAAGAGGAAGACGAUUGGUAGUAAACAGAAACAUUGCGGCAGGGACCGUUCUAGUUUUCGAGAAGCCAUAUACUUACGUUUUUGCUAACUACUUAACCUGGGAGACGACUCAUUGUCAUCUUUGUUCGAAAAAGAUUCUUGCUGGAGUACCCUGCAACCUGUGCACAUUUGCAAUUUACUGUAACGACACAUGCCGAGAUGGUCAUAAAAAUGUCCACUAUAUGGAACACAAAAUGAUACCAUACCUUCAUUGUCAUGAAAGCGGAUUGAAGGAUCUAAUUGCUAUCAGAAUCCUUAUAAAAGCUGGACCACAACUACUGUUCAGUUUGUUCCAGAGAAGGAGAAAAUCAUGGUAUAAGGACGUAAAUGAAAAUUAUGCAGCUCCUGAUGCUUAUUUUAAUACAAACAAGGAUACUGUGUUAGGCUUCAAUGAUGAAGGUGUAUACGAAUCAGAAAGUUAUUUGCCCGUGUACCAUUUAAUUUCGCAUACACAAUCGACACCAUUGAAAGACAGCGUUUCGAAUGGGUUUCGUGCCAUCGUUCUAACAUACUUGCUUCGUGACACGUCAACGUUUUUCGACUCGUUGAAGGAUCAUUAUUCAGCAGAGUGUUCACAAGAAGAAUUUGAAGAGUUUGUGGGAUCGUUGUUACUGAGACACAUAGAAAAUAUACCAUGCAAUGCCGUUUCCAUCUCAGAAUUACAAUGCGAACGGCAAGACCUAACGGUCAAGAAUCUGAAAAAUUGUAAAUCAAUUUCGUAUGGGCAGGGUGUUUUUUGUCUGAUAUCGCUCGCAAAUCAUUCGUGUGAUCCAAAUGCAGUUAUAGCUAAAAAAGACGAAUUUCAGCACACGUCUCUGGUGUCUGUUCGGUCUCUGAACGCUGGUGAUGAAAUUUUCAUCACAUAUAAACCGCAGUUUACAUCACAAAUUACAAAGGACCGUCGAAUGUUUCUGCUCGAUAGAUAUCACUUCAUUUGCCAAUGUCAGGCUUGCACCUCCAAUUGGUGUUUAGAGUCACAUGUGACCUACAAGCUGCCGGUAAUAUAUUGCAUUGAAUGUCAGAAAAAACCAUGUAAAACUUGCAAAGCUUGCGAAAAAGCUUCAAUGAAUUUCGCCUUUCAAUUGGAAACUUAUCAAUCCAAACUUUAUGACGCAGACGAUUUAUUGCAAUCGGGUGAUUAUAUACAGGCGAUUCGUAUAUUGAAAGAUUCAUUACAAUUUUUUAGUCAACAUUUCUCGUCGGUAUUUUCGUUAUUUCAAGUCGCCCAGGAUUUAUACAAACGAGCAUUGUUGUUCAUGCUCUACAGUUAUGAUUGAUAGGGGGCUUGUUUUAAUUCUGAUUUAAUGUUAAUUGAUUUUGUGUAAUAAAGAGACGCAGAUUAAUAUAAUUAAGUAAAUAUUUGUGAAAAUAAUAUUUUGCUCAAAUUAUAAUGAGUACGGUCGAUUGCUUGUCAUAUAUACUUUAGGAAUACACACAAACAGAGAUGUUAACGAACUCGUCGAGGUGUUAUCAAAGUUAAUUUAAGAUUUAUUUGAAUUGAUUUUUUUUAGAAAAUGUAAUGUGACAUAUCAAGCCACGGUGGAGCUGAACAGCUUUUUUAUGCAAAGUUUGUGAACAUGGAAAAUUCAUUAUUUGAAGUC